AUGCCGCUUAUUUUGUAUCCACUGUUUGGUGUAAUGUCUUCCACAGAGGUCUGCAUGUCCUAUACCCAGGAUAGUCAAAUGGUUUUUGUACUCUCCUGCUUCCUGGCCAUUGCAAUGGUCACAAAUAAAUUGGAUCGUUGUAUUGCCCUAAGGUUGUUGAAAAUUUUUGGGGUGAAUCCGGCGAGGAUUCUAACCCUGUUGAUGAUUCUUACAUUUAUUUUGUCCGCCCUGAUACCGAAUGCUUGUGCCUGCUCGCUAAUGAUACCAAUUGGUCGAGCUUCAUUAGCAAUCUUCGAUGAACUGGGAGUGUGUAAGGUAGUGGAGGACAGCAAUGUGGAGGAAAUGGAUGAAGGCGCUCCCACCUAUCCCUCCAAGGUCGGAAAUGCAUUUUAUAUUGGAAUUGGCUUUGCCGCCAAUAUUGGUGGCAUGUUGACUCCAUGGUCUUCGGAAUCGGGAUAUGAAUAUCUGGAAAAAUAUAAAGAAAGUCAAAUAUUAACAUCGGUAGCAGUAUCGGCUGUGAUUUCUAUAUUCCUGCUAAUAUUCACGAUCCUCUAUCUGCAAGUAAUAUUUCUGAAAUUAUGGCAUUCGAAACGUGAAAAACGUAUUACCUUUAACGAUGUUAGCCAUUUGCCAGAUUUGGAGGUUAUGAUUCAAAUGGAAAAGGACGAUGGAAUAGCUGGUAAUGUAAUGACGGGAUUCCUGAUGCUGAUCUAUAUUUGUGUAUUGAUUGCGAUCAAUGUUCUGGAACAAUUGCAGUAUAUGGAGAAUCGAGUUCUCAUAAAAUAUUCCACAAUUGUAAUGCUGAUAUGCCUAUUGGCCUUUAUCUGCCCUAACUCCUGUUCGCAUUUAAAUUAUUUCCUUUGCCGUGAACCCAAGCAGUAUAAAAUGUCACCCAGCAUAUUACCCUGGUCGGUAAUACCGAAAUUAAUGCCCUGGAAUUAUUUCUUGGUAUAUGGUAGCAGCUUGGCAUAUGGCAUGGGUCUUGAGAAAUCUGGUUUGCAGCGAUAUUUAAUGGAUCAUUUGGUGGCUACAAAUAAUAAUAUUACCUUACAUCUAAUGGGCCUAAUGGCUGUAACGAUUCUUCUGAGUACGCUUGGGGCAAAUCAUUUGGUGGCAAGGGUCAUGAUGGUGCAAGUGAUGCUCAGGCAGCCCAAUACCGAAAAUAUCUAUUUGGCCUUGGCAGUGAGUUUGGCAUCCAAUUUAGCCUUCGUGCUGCCGAUUAGCAGUGUUUCAAAUUGUUUUGCUGCCGGUUGGGGUAAUUUGAGAUCCAAAGAUAUG